UAAGGUUGGUAUCCUACUAUUUCUUUUAUAUCUUCAAUUUAAUUUUGAAUCAUGUUCUCUUGUCUUUAACAUUGUUUCUUUGACGUAGGAUGGGAUCCAAUGUUAUUGUUUCUGAACCAAAAAUGGAUAACAAAAAGUUUGAAUUACCGCCCGGUUUUCGAUUCCAUCCGACCGACGUAGAGCUCAUAUACCAAUACCUUGUCAAGAAAGUUUAUGACAAUAGCUUCUCUGCUAUAGCUAUUGCUGAAGUUGAUAUGAAUAAGUGUGAACCAUGGGAUUUGCCAGAGUUGGCAAAAAUGGGAGAAAUUGAAUGGUAUUAUUUUUGUGUGAGGGACAAAAAAUAUUCAACUGGUCAAAGAACAAAUAGGGCUACUAAUGCUGGUUAUUGGAAGGCCACAGGAAGAGACAAAGAAAUUUACGACAAAAAUGUAUUGAUUGGGAUGAAGAAAACAUUGGUUUUCUAUAAAGGAAGAGCUCCAAGUGGUUUAAAAACUAGUUGGGUCAUGCAUGAAUACAGGUUGGAGGGUAACACACUCUCUAAGGAUAUUUUAUCAAAGAGAGGAACGGCUGAAUGGGUAAUAAGUAGAAUCUAUAAGAAGGGUAACUCUGAAAAGAAAACAUAUCAUCCAAGACUUGGAAGGGUUAACUCCUUUAAAGAAGGAUCACCAAGUACUUAUGAAUCUCCAUUGAUGAAUUCUUAUCCAUCCAUUAAUGGUGAAUGCUCUAAUGUGAUCAAUUCAUUAACCAUUCCAAAUCAAGCACAAGACAACAACAAUGUUGGCAACAAUGAAGCUAGUAUCAUGAACAUUCCAAAACAAGUUGAUGCUCACCCUUUUGUUGAAGAAACCCAAAACCUUUCCUUGUCUCAAGAACUAUCUAUGAUGAUGGCUCAAUUAGAGAAUGAGAAUUAUGGAUCAAGUUCAAAGCAAAGUCUUCAACAUGAUUUUUCUCUUGAUGCUGAUAUCUCAUCUAUUUUAUAUGGAAAUGACAUGUUUCCAAUGUGGUAUGACAAUCAAGAAUUGAUUCCCAAUUCUCCUGAACCUAUGGUCACUGAUCACUUGUGGAAUUACUAAUGAAAUAAGGAUC